GCAAGGGGGGCGGCAGCAGCUUCUAAGACAGCCUCGCGAUGUCCUGGACUGGGUGGGAGCCACCCCGCUCAGGUCCAAUGCUCCCCAUGGUGACAGAGUGUGGGCCAGGUGUCCCUGCCAGCUCUGUUCCUCUCUGAGGCUGCAGACAGUGACCAGGCCUUGGCUGGUUCCCUGGAGCUCCUCGCCCUCUGGCUGCCCUUUCUUGCCCCCCUUGCUGUGUGUCCCUGCGAAAGUUCCUCCCCCUCUCUGGGCCUGGGUUUUCCCAUCAUGAACAUGGGAGCUGCCAUUCCUGCCUCGUCCUCUUCGCAGGGCUGUCAUGAGCAGAGGGAAAGCCCAGGUGUGUUUUGCACACUGUAAAGCCCCAAGCACCCACCGGAGGCUGGUUCUCAGCACAGUCGGUCCCCUCUCAUGGUCACUGGGUCCUGACGCCCCCUCUGCCCACCCAGGAUUGGCCAAGGGAGAAGCGGUGGACAGGUGUUUGCAGGAAGUUGGAGCAGCUGGGAUGAACGGAGCUAGAAACAGAGUUGGGUUUUCUCAUCCUGGAACAUGGCCCGCAGUCACCCCGAAGCUGCCUCCUCCGGAGGGGCGGGCCUUACCCCCCACCGCAAGCGGCCGAGCUGCAGCUGCGUCCUGUGUACCGUGCUGCUGUCCCUGGCCGUCCUGCUGGCCGUGGCUGUCACCAGCACCGUGUUCUUCCUGAACCACAUGCACGUGGCGGGCACGGCACUGCCACCCAUCGUGAGCACGGGGCCGGCGGGGGCCAACAGCGCACUGGUCACCGUGGAGAGGGCCGACAGCUCGCACCUGAGCGUCCUCAUCGACCCGCGCUGCCCUGACCUCACAGACGGCUUCUCGCGCCUGGAGGGGGCCCAGGCCUCUGUGCUGCGGGCCCUGGCCGAGCACCGCGCCCAGCCGGCGCUGGAUGGAGCCCCGGAGCGGGAGCUGCUGGACACCAUGGCUGACCAGCUGUCCCGGCUGCUGGCCCGGGCCUCAGAGCUGCAGGCUGAGUGCACCGGGCUGCACAAGGACCACGGCGAGUUGGGGCAGGGCCUCAGCGCCCUGCAGAGCGACCAGAGCCACCUCAUCCAGCUUCUUUCCGAGAGUCAGGGCCACGUGGCACACCUGGUGAACGCGGUCAGCGACAUCCUGGACGCCCUGCGGAGGGACCGGGGGCUGGGCUGGCCACGCCUCAAGGCUGACCUGCAGAGGGCGCCGUCCAGGGGCACCCGGCCACGGGGCUGUGCAGUCGGCUCCCGGCCCCGAGACUGCCUGGACGUCCUCCUGAGCGGACAGCAGGACGACGGCGUCUACUCUGUCUUCCCCACCCACUACCCCGCCGGCUUCCAGGUCUACUGCGACAUGCGUACGGACGGGGGCGGCUGGACGGUGUUCCAGCGCCGCCAGGAUGGCUCUGUGAACUUCUUCCGGGGCUGGGAUGCGUACCGGGAGGGCUUCGGCAAGCUGACGGGCGAGCACUGGCUAGGGCUCAAGAGGAUCCACGCGCUGACCACGCAGGCCGCCUACGAGCUGCACGUGGACCUGGAGGACUUCGACAACGGCACGGCCUUCGCCCGCUACGGGAGCUUCGGCGUGGGCUUGUUCUCGGUGGAGCCCGAGGAGGACGGGUACCCGCUCUCCGUGGCCCAGUACUCGGGCACC